AUGGUGCUAGCUGAUCUUGGUCGGCAAAUCCGAAAUGCCAUCGGAAAGCUCGGGCAAGCUACCAUUAUCAAUGAGGAAGAGCUCGAUGCUAUGCUCAAGGAGGUUUGCAUGGCACUCAUCGAGUCGGACGUUCACAUCAGACUGGUAAAGCAGCUCAAAGACAAUGUUAAGAAUGCUAUCAAUUUUGAAGAGAUAGUUGGAGUAAAUAAGCAACGGCUCAUCCAGAAGACCGUGUUCAACGAGCUACUCAAAUUUGUGGAUCCGGGCGUGACAGCCUAUCAACCCAAGAAAGGACAGCCGAAUGUGAUCAUGUUUGUCGGUCUGCAAGGUUCCGGUGAAACAACUACUUGUACAAAGAUGGCAUACUUCUAUCAAAGAAAAGACUGGAAAACUUGUUUAAUUUGCGCGGAUACUUUCCGUGCUGGCGCUUUCAAUCAGCUCAAGCAAAACGCUACAAAGGCCGGGAUUGCUUUCUAUGGUUCUUACUCUGAAGUGGAUCCUGUUGUGAUCGCAGUCGAAGGUGUGGAAAAGUUCAAGAAAGAGGAUUUCGAGAUCUUGCUUGUUGAUACAUCUGGUAAGAACGGUGACAUCAAUCCGAAGAACAUCAAUCCUGCGCAAAUGAUGAAGCUGAACCAACAAAUGGCUAAGAUGAUGGACCCACGGGUAUUGCAACAAAUGGGCGGAAUGGGUGGACUGAAAAAUAUGAUGGCGCAGUUGCAAAAGGCUGGCGGUGGCAAAGGCGGUACAUGGCAAAAAGAAGGUCCUUUCUCAACACCAAAGAUUGACCCUGCAAGGACGGAGCGUUCCUUUAUGGAAGGAAGCACGAAACUGGAUUCGUCGCGGCUCUCCAGCGCACAAAAGGUUAAGCAUCCUCCAAAGUUACCUUACAAUGUUCCUGAACCGAGGUUUUCCGAUAUAUCUUUCAUACGUCCAAGUGAUGCAACUUUCUCUGUCGACCAAGGAGGUGCAGGCAACAUUGUUGCUGAUGAUUAUAAUUACACGGUCAAGGAUUUUUCGGAUCUCACCGACGGAGUGAUUUUGGGUAAAAUCAUUGAGUUGGUGACUGGAUGUCCGCCUGGCAGCCUCAUCUCUCGCCUACGCAAUCCAGGGGGAGACCGUUUGAGAAAAAUUGGCAAUGUAAAAGUGUGCUUGCAAACUGCUUGCGAUAGAGGAGUAGACCUAGGAGCGGUAAAAGCAGAAGCAAUUACGGGAGCAAACAAGGAAGCGAUUUUGAAGGUUCUAUGGAGGUUGGUGGGAGUAUACGUGGGAGCAGAUGAGGAGCGCGAUUUACGACGAGCAUCUCUAGCACUGGCUCAUCAAAAUAACAAAUUCAAUCUUGGCGCUGUUCCCGAUGACAUCAGUGGAGAACAAUUCGUUCUUCACAUAUGCAAGCAAAUAGAUAAUAUGGGCCAACUGCGACUGCAAUUUAAACUGUUCCACAAACCGUUGUUUGGUUGA